AAAUAACAUCGAAUGAUUUUCAGUUGCAUUGUAUUUGUGUAUCCGUUUUGAGAACGUUGUGUAUAUACAGAUUUUGUGAAUCACGAUUGCGAUUCCAGAACAAAAAAUUGACAAAUUCUUGUGAAAUUAUUUUUAAACCACACAAACAAAAACAACCGCUAGAAACAAUGACCGACGUGGCUGAAAAAGAGAAUAUUUUCUUAUUUAUUCCAAAUUUGAUUGGCUAUGCACGAAUCUUUUUGGCGAUCGUUGCAUUCUAUUUUAUGCAAACGAAUUACAUUAUUGCUGGAUGGUGCUAUAUAAUCAGCGCACUUUUGGAUGCUAUCGAUGGUCAUGCAGCUCGUGCAUUUAAUCAAAGUACCAAAUUGGGUGCGAUGCUUGAUCAAUUGACAGACCGUUGUGGAACGGCAGGUUUGUUGGUUGCCUUGAGCUACUUUUAUCCGGGCUACAUGUUCUGGUUCCAAAUCUCAUUGGUUAUUGAUAUCGCAUGUCACUGGAUUUACUUGCAAUCCACCACCAUGGCGGGCAAAACAUCUCACAAAUUGUUUGAUCCAAAUGAAAAUUUCAUCAUGCGUCUUUACUAUCAAAAAGAUGUGCUCACAUUCAUGUGUUUCUUCAAUGAAGUGUUUUAUAGCGGUUUGUAUUUGCUACAUUUCACCACUGGACCAACAAUUCUUGGCAUUUCACUUUUCAAAGUCUUAACAAUAAUUGCAUUCCCUGUUGCCAUUGCCAAGGCUGGAAUCUCAUUGUUGCAUGCCUAUGUUGCCGCUCAAAACAUUUCCAUUAUCGAUGUAAACGAGCGUGAAGAUACUCGCAAACGAAAUGCUGCCAAAAAACCAGAAUAAAUCACAUACCACUGUGUAAAUACAGUGCAAAUGCCAAUCCAAUCAAUUAAAUUAAGGCAUUAAUCAAUAUGCUCAUAUUACUAAUAUCAUCAUAUCGAUCAGAUAAAUGAUUUGUGAUGCACUCCUGUCAUUGAUGUUGUACGCUCCUUUGAACCGACCCCAUUUCAUUUUGUUACAUUGUCACAUCCAUUUAGAGUAAUUGUUCUUAAGGACACUUGUAAUUUAUUUACUUAGAAAGAUCUAGUCAUUCCAAUGAUUGAAAAUAUACAUUGUUUUGGAAGGCAGGGAAAGUCAGUAGCUAAAAUGACCAAAUUUACCAUUCCAGACAUGAAUUGAAAGUGUCAUGCAUGGAAAAACUUUGAGAAUAAAUGGAACUUAGAUCUGAGGAAAUCGGCAUUUGUGUCUAGAUUAUGUCCACAAUCUGAAUUGUAUAUCUUAUAAUUAAGUUUGAGUUUAAUGUUCAGAGAUAAAGAUAUUCAUUCGAAAUUAAAACAUAGCACUAACACAUACACACAAUUCUGAUCAAAUCGAUUCCGUCACUGACUAUUCUAGUUUUGGACACAUUUAUAUUCAAAUACCAAAUUCUCAAUUAUGUACUUCUAACAGAAGAAAUUACUUCAAAUCGCAUAUGUAUUUAUAUACGGAAAAAUUAUGAUAAAAAUCAAUAGCAAACAGAUAAAUGUGGAUUUUCAUUAUAAUUAAAUAAAUAUACGUAUGUUGGAGAUA